UCCCGGCCCCGGGCAGGUGGCUCUGCCCCGGGAAGGGGAGGAGGCAGCGCGGAGCUCCCCGCCCGGGCCGCGGCCCCCGCGAUGCCCCAGUGCCGGCUCCGCGGGGCAGCAGCGCAGGCGAAGGAGGCCCCGCACAGAGGAGGCCAUGGAGGAGCACAACCAGACGGAGACCUGGCACCGAAGCCUGCAGGCGGUGCUUGAUGCCUUGAACCAGACCCUACACGGGAUCCCGCUGUGCGCCUCCGACCGCGCUGCGGGCGCUGCUGUCACACGCAGCAGCAGCAGCAGCAGCAGUGCCCGGCCCGGCCGCGACGACAACGCCUUCCUGUACAUCCUCUUCGUCAUGACCCUCUUUGCCGCCACCGUGGGCAGCCUCAUCCUGGGCUACACCCGCUCCCGCAAGGUGGAGAAGCGCAGCGACCCGUACCACGUCUACAUCAAGAACAGGGUCUCCAUGAUCUGAGCCCACCCGUGGCGCCUUCUCCCCCCCCGGAGCCGGGGGAUUUGGGGUCACGUCGCUGCUGAGCAUCCUGCUCCUUGUGGGAGCGGUUGGGAAACCCGCCCGGUGUCCCCGUGGGGGUG